GAACAUCGAUUGCAGAGCCAAAUGGCAUGCUGCCGUAUCGCUCAUGGAAGAGCUUGCCCUACAAGCCGAGAUUGAGCAGGCCCGGCGGCGCCGCGACGCGGCGCUGGCGAGCUUGGCGGCCCUUGAUGCGGAGGCCAAGCCAGAGGUGCCCGUGCCGCUGGUCUCCGCCGCGGGACUCCUGCAACGCAGCUGCCUGAGCCCUCAGGUCGGCCGCCUGCCCUGCGAGCUGUGGCCGUUUGUAUUUUCCUGCAUUGCUCGGGCGGCUGUGCCAGAAGCCGUUUUGGGCCGCCUGCGGAAGCAGCUGGAUGCGACUGAAUCGCAGGGGAAGCUUGUGCCAUUGCCCAGAGCGGGCCUGGAUCGGGACUUCCAGUCUGUGCUGCUGGACCUGUGCCAAAUCUUGGCCGUGGCGCUCCGGGGGCGCCGGGAUUUCACGCUGGACUUGGACGAGGCGUGGGGCGUUGUGCAGAAGAAGGGGGACUACUUUCCGAUGGAGGCGCGGCGUGCCUCGUCGCAGGACGGCUUCGGGUGUAUCAUGGACCUAGACCUGCCGCCAUCGUUGAGCAUCGACAAUCACGAGAGGCCGACCAAGGGCUCCUACGGCUUCCAUGACGGCCUGCACAACCUGCUCUGGAAGGGUGAUCGAACCACGGAUAAGGACGACCUGGUACAGCCUGGCAUCAUUCAGCUGGAGCUUCGUGUGGGGCAGCUCUACGUCUUUCCGGACUGGGUGCAGACCAUCACCUACCCAUUUGAGGGCCCAGGCCAGCGCCGGUGGAUCGCAGCGACCGUCGCCCUGACCGAAAAGUCCCUCGGGCUCAAGGCGCGGCAAAGAAUUCUCGCCAAAGUGCUGCGGGAGUCCGCGUGGAUGGCGUCGGAGGGCGAGGAGUGGCAGCCUCGAGAUCCGCCUUUCCCCUCGGAGGCGCUGAGGUCACAGAGACGAUGGGAAAAGAAGCGGCACAGUCUAGGCGGUUCACAGCCGCCGUGGCCAGAUCUAUGGCAGGCAGAUGAUGUGUCCUUGGAUUGGUUGCGGGGCUUUCUGGCCAAGUACAGGACUGUGGAGAUGGUGGCAACCAGGUCAGCAGGACGUGAGAGCAGCCGACGAACACGAGUGAUAGAUGUCCUUUUGGACGACGCCAAAUCCGGGGAGGAUUGCUUGCAGAGCUUCAUUUCUCGCCUGGAGCAUCGCCUGCAGGCAGAAUCGAAGGCUCACAAGGAAAGAGCCAGAGAAGAGCCGGAACGUGCGAGGCAUCCAGCGAGCAGCGAGGGCGAUGUGGCAGCGGCCGUGGCCCGUGCCAAGCGGCGUGCCUCCGACCAGAAGCGCCGGCAGGCGCAGGUCCGAGAGGCUUCUGCCCGGGCAGUGAAGGAAGAGCGCUACGGCAAGAGAGACCAGCGCCUUGCUCGCUUCGAGAAGGACAUGAAGGCAAAGCCAUCGGGACGCACUGCUGAGGCAAGAAGCCGACGGCGAGUUGAACAGCGUUCUCAAGCCGCGCCAGAUCCCCUGGACCUUGAGGAGUCACUUGACCUCCUUUGAAAUGUGGGCCGGGAGCUGCCGUUGCGAAGUGGUGCUUGAACAGGGCUCCCGAACUGAAAUGGCCGGGGUGAGCGUGAGGCCAGC